AUGAAGCUUCUUAUUAUCACCACCGUUCUGGCAUCUCUUCUUACCUCUACAAAUGCCACAGUUGUCAAGGCAUACAAAGGCACCCCUUGCAAAGGGGACUAUGUGGGCUCGGUGAGCGCCUGUGGAAGCACGGGGCUGUCACAGAACUACAAGGUCCUAAGCCUCAAACUUGACUUCCAAAAAGCAACAGCCUCUUUCUAUAAGGAAAAACCCGAUAGGAACGGAAACUGCGUGGGCGCCCAUAUCUCCAGAAACACCGAUCAAUGUGUGACACUUCCUGUGGGCUGGGAUCGAUUUGGCUGUGUGAAAAUCCAUGGCGGCACUUGCUGA